AUGGCCACAGGCGGCGUUUGGAAUCGACUCCAGCAAGUGGCUGAAGCCACCUGCAUUUUUGUGCAAAAGGCUCUAAAAUGGCCGAAAUCCCUGGUGGCGCACGUGGCGAUUGCCACGCGCCUCGCAAUGGGCAUACCGUGGAAGCAGUGGUCGGACAUCGCAGUGCUCUUCUGCGCCGUGGUGACAUCGCUGAAAUUCUGCCAAGUGACGGCCGCCUCUCGGGGGCAGCGCGGUUUUCUCUUAACGACGCCGAUUCAUAUUUCCUCAUUUGGCGUGGACAACGGGAUCGGUUUUCAUGGGGCCCUCAUGAUCGUGCGCGAUGGCGACGACCGGAUGAAGUGCAGCGUCGAAGUCCUGGAUAUGCAGUCUGGAUUCUGCAGAGCAAGUUGCGCGUUCGUUGACACACGCAAAAAGAGGGUCGCUGUGGAGAAGACAGACAACCCUCACUCGGACGUUCUUGGCCGGUUCCUUGAGGCUUUGGUUAUGUCCGGCAGCGAGCUCCACGUUGCCAUGAUCGGUGCUGGCACCGCAAAAGGAGACGGCGACUAG